AUGCGCUCCUUACUCGUCUCGCUCGUUUCGCUCGCCCUCGCCCUCUCCGUGCUUGCAGAGCCCACGCUCUCUCCAUACACGCUACAUGAAAAGCGCGACGCCAUCCCCGCAGGAUGGUCUCGUGAUCGUAAAUACCACGCGACUGCUUCGGUCCCUCUCCGUUUCGCGCUCGCCCAGAACAACAUCGACUCCAUCGGAGACCUUCUCCUCGAUAUUUCUCACCCCGAGUCCGAGAAUUAUGGAAAGCACUGGACCGCCGCCCAAGUUGCCGCCAAGUUCGCUCCCAGUGCCACCUCCGUUGACGCGGUCCGUACCUGGCUCGAGCAGAGCGGUGUCGAACCUCACCGCAUCACCAUCACCCCUUCCAAGGGAUGGAUCGAGGUUUCAUCGACCGUAGAGGAGGCAGAGUCACUCCUCCAGACUGACUACCACGUCUAUGGCCACGAGAGCGGCGCAGAACAGAUCGCCUGCGAGGGCUAUCACCUCCCGGCUCACGUUGCGCCCCAUGUCGACUUUGUCACUCCGACUGUUCACUUUGACGCCAAGAUCAAGCGCGUCAAGCGUGAUGGUCACCAUGCAGCCAUCCCCAUCGGCCAGCCCGGCUUCGGCGCGGGUCCCAAGACCAGCGGUGUUCUCGACAACAUCUUCACUCAACUCGAAGAUUGUGACAAGCAGAUUACGCCUGCCUGUCUCCGCGCCCUCUAUGGCAUUGUCUAUGAUCCCGUCUCGACCAACAACAGCUACGGUAUCGUUGAGUAUACCCCGCAAGCCUACAUUCAGAGCGACCUCGACAGUUUCGCCAAGAACUUCUCUACCGGCCUCGAGGGUGUUUCCCCCAAGCUUGUUUCGAUCGACGGUGGUGUCGACCAGACAUCUUUGAAGAACUUCAGCUACAAUGGCGAAUCCAACCUUGAUCUCCAAUACGGCAUGACACUCGUCACUGCCAAGCAGCCAGUCACGCUCUACCAGGUCGGUGAUAUGAAUUUGGGCGCUUCGUUCAACAACUUCCUGGAUGCACUUGACGGCUCGUACUGCGCGUUCGAAGGCGGUGAUGACCCCAGUCAGGACGGUAUAUAUCCUGACAACGUGCCAGGCGGCUAUGACCAUUCUCAGGAUUGCGGUACAGUCAAACCUGCCAAUGUCAUCUCCACCUCGUAUGGCUACAAUGAGGCUGACCUCACUGCCAAGUAUGCACAACGCCAGUGUGCUGAGUAUGCCAAGCUUGGUAUGAUGGGCGUCACUGUUCUGUAUUCCUCGGGCGAUUACGGUGUAGCGGGUAACGGGGACCUCUGCUUGGACUCAAACGGCAAUCAGACUGCUGAUGGCAAGAUCUUUAACCCGUCUUUCCCGUCAACUUGCCCCUACGUCACCUCCGUUGGCGCUACACAGGUCUCUCCCGGCCAGACCGUGCUUGACCGCGAGAACGCAUGCCAACAGGUCAUUUACUCUGGCGGUGGAUUCAGCAAUUACUUUGCCGUCCCUGAUUACCAGAAGGCUGUCGUUGCGGGCUACCUCGAGAACCACCCACCCCCGUACAGCAAGACUACAUACAACACUACUGGCACAUCCCGCGCGUACCCUGACAUCUCGGCCAAUGGUGCGAACUAUGUUGUCGCCAUCAACGGCAACUACAGCCUUGUCUACGGUACCUCCGCGUCGUCACCCGUUGUUGGUGCCAUCAUCACGCUCAUCAACGAUGCUCGCAUUGCCAUGGGCAAGAGCCCGGUCGGAUUUAUCAACCCAACGAUUUACUCGAGCGAGUUCCAGUACGCUUGGAAUGAUGUGACGAACGGCACGAACCCCGGCUGCGGCACUGUUGGCUUUAGCUCUGCGCCUGGUUGGGACCCUGUCACUGGCUUGGGGACGCCCAACUUCCCUGCUUUGCUGGCUAAGUGGCUUGAUCUGUAAUCGCCACUGUUGCCUCACUUUGCGACUACAUUAUUUUUAUUCAUGACGGGAGGGAUCCAAGAAUUCACG